AUGAAUAGAGGUCUCUUCCUCUGCAUUGUGAAUGCCCUAGGUGAGUGGUCCCCCUAUUUCACUUAUAGGGCAGAUUGUUCUGGUAGAAUAGGGCUCUCGCCAUUGCAAAAGUGUACAGCAGCCAUGCGCAUGCUAGCCUAUGGCACCCUUGCAGACGCACUUGAUGAGUACUUGAAGAUUGGGAAGUGCACUGCAUUAGAGUGUUUGGACAAGUUUGCAAAGGGGGUAAUUCAGGUUUUUGGUGGGGAGUACUUGCGACGCCCCACACGGGAGGAUGUUGAGCGUCUUCUUCAGGUUAACGAGUCUCGAGGUUUCCCUGGAAUGCUAGGAAGUAUUGAUUGCAUGCAUUGGCGAUGGGAGAAGUGUCCUCUUGCAUGGAGGGGGCAAUUCACCCGCGGCGAUUAUGGAGUACCAACGAUGAUCCUAGAAGCCGUUGCUUCCCAGGACCUUCGUAUUUGGCAUGCUUUUUUUGGAGUUGCUGGGUCAAAUAAUGAUCUGAAUGUGCUCAAUCAAUCCCCACUGUUUUUUGAUGCACUGAAAGGAGAAGCCCCUCAAGUCCAAUUUUCUGUCAAUGGGAAUGAGUAUACCACAGGUUACUACCUUGCUGAUGGUAUAUACCCAGAAUGGGCUGCCUUCAUGAAGACCAUACCACUUCCCCAAAUAGAGAAGCACAAGUUGUUUGCCCAGAAGCAAGAAGGGGCAAGGAAAGAUGUCGAGCGCGCUUUUGGGGUAUUACAGUCCCGUUUUACCAUUGUCUGUCGGCCUGCACGUCUAUGGAAGAGAAAGAGUGUUGGAAGGAUCAUGAGGGCUUGUGUGAUUCUCCGCAAUAUGAUAAUCGAAGAUGAGAGAGAGCAGGAAAAAAUUCAUAUUGACUUGAAUGAGAUUCCGGGGGCUUCAUUUGCUCUACCUCCCGAAGUGAAUGUUGGUGGAGUGAGCUGUGAUGUGGUGAUUGCGGCAGCUGUUACUUAUAGCUAUACAGGAUUUAUAGAAGUGAUUUUCUCCAGCAUUACUACUCAGUGUUACUUCUUGAUGUCACAUGCUUCAGUCUUCCUAUUUCCUGGUUGCAUGGAUGGCAUGUAUAUGUAUGCUCUUUGA